ACACCUAUGUGGAUAGGAGAUUUUGUCAGAGGUUCAGGUGACAGCAUGUGAGCUACUGGUCUCCACACUGAAACAGAUCAAAGCUGUACGAUGAUAUCUAUUGGAUACAGUUACAUACUUUAACAGAAACAUGUCCAUCACUGUCAACCUGAAGAGGAUCAUCAAUUUACCUGGGACGUAUGAUCGAAAAGUGGAGUUAUCCUUUAGAGGUUUUACCCACAAAACCAAGAUUCUUCAGUGUGAAAAUGUUGCCAUUUUCAAUGAGCACUUCAGGUGGCCACACUAUGGGAAGGUCAUCAAGCACGAGGUACUCUCUGUCAGUGUGUACAACUGCAGCAAGGUUUUCAGCAACAGGCUCCUGGGUAAAUUAAUCAUCAGUCUCCAGCAUGUGGUGACCUCUGGGAGACUGAUACUCCGAGAGCCACUGACAGACAGCAACCACAGCCAGACAAAUAUAUACAUUGAGCUGGACGUACGAUACCACCCUGUGCAAGGUGCUGCCGGUGGAUGGGAGGGUGAGGAAUUCCUCAAUGUGGAAGACAAUGAUGACUCAGGUUAUGUUAUCAGAAACUCAGGUUUUGCUGAGCCUAGGUUAAAGCAGAGUCUGCGACCCGAGAAACUCGACCGAGAGACCAGGAAAUUAGGGCGCGGUCUGGUCAAAACCGGGGACGAGGAUGAUGAAGACGAUGACGAGGAUGAUGACGAUUAUGAUAUAUCAGACAUGGAGUCUGCCAACAUAAUGUUCACUCCCAUUUUAAGUCGUUGCAGACCUCUUUCAAAGCAUGUGCUUGCUGCCACACCCCGAGUACAGAGCUUCCAGGUUAAUGUGAAUGUAUUGGAGGCCCAGAAACUGGUGGGCGUGAACAUAAACCCAGCCGUGUACAUCAGAGUGGGAGAAGUGAAGAAGAAAACUGCUACACAGAAGUCCACCAACUGUCCAUUCUACAAUGAGAACUUCAUGUUUGAGUUCCAGGAGACACAAGAUGUUCUGUUUGAUAAAGUUAUUGAGAUAACGGUUGUUCACAAAAAGAUGCUGGGAUUUAUGAUGACACUUAUCGGCACCUUCAAAAUUGACAUCAGCACUGUCUACAGUCAGCAAGAUCACAGGUUCUACCAGAAAUGGGCUCCCCUUACUGAUCCCAGUGACACCCGGGCAGGGAUAAAAGGUUUCGUGAAGUGCACCUUGAGUGUUGUGAUGAAAGGAGACGCAAUGGGAAUGCCCAGUUUGCCUCCUUUAGGCAGUCAGAACAAUGACAUUGAGACGAACCUGCUCUUGCCCAAGAGAAUGCCAAUGGAGAGGCCCUGGGCUAAGUUCCUGGUGAAGAUCUACAAGGCAGAAGGUUUACCCAGUAUGAGCGCUGGCUUCCUGGGUAGCCUCUCUAAGAUGAUGGGGGACAAAAAGGUCUUCAUUGACCCUUACGUGCAGGUCACAUUCGCAGGCCAACAGGGUGAGACGUCAGUGGAGUCCAACACCAACACUCCUGAGUGGAAUGAGCAGAUCUCUUUCAUCGAGCAGUUUCCUCCCCUUGCCCGGCGAAUAAAAGUGCAGAUCCUGGAUGAUGCCAACAUUGGCGAUGUGGCAGUGGGGACACACUUUCUUGACCUGCAGCAAAUCUCCAACCCCAACAGAAAUGGGUUCAACCCCACCUUUGGCCCAUCCUGGAUCAACCUGUACGGCUCCCCUCAGAACUCUGCCCUGGGCGACAUCCACCAGGUUCUGAAUGAAGGUCUGAGUGAGGGCAUCUUCUACCGGGGCCGCAUGCUGCUGUCUCUCAGUGUGGAGGUCUACUCCUCCCCUAACACUGCUGCCGUGGAGAACAGCAAGGCCACAGCCAGUGCCAGGAGCGCCCUUAGCAAGCUCUCCCUCAAGAAGAAGAGUCGGAAGUCCAAGGAAAAGAAGCAAGAAGCACCAGGCUCUAGUGGGCCUGCAGAGGAGUCUGAGGAAGCAGGUACAGAGGUACCCGGGGCUGUGACUGUGGAGGUGGAGGAGAUUCAUCCCUUGCCUGAGAAUUUCUUUGGAGAAAAGGAUGAAUUUUUGCUGUUCGCAUCCCUCUUUGAAGUAACCAUGAUUGAUCCCAUCAUUGGAAGCAAGCCAGUGACCUUUGAGUUAUCCAUUGGGAACUACGGUAAGGCAGCAGAGGUGGUAGUGAAGCCAAGGAAGGGUCAGAGCAGAGAGGAUCUAAGCAGUGAGAGACAGUCUCUGUUGGAAUCAUCAGAAGAUGAACUGGAGAGGGAGGACAUUCCAAGCCCAAGCCCCGGGUCACAGGACAGUUCUAUCACUGCUCCAAGAAGACCCCAGUUUACUGAGUAUGACAGAUCAUUUAGCUGUGUCCCAAUGGCAUGUGAGAAGCCUUGUAUGUUUCUGUGGACCCAUUUUGAGGACCACUGCUUCCGUUACCACAAUGCCAACUGGCUGCACAAGAUGGCUGAUAGGCUGGAAUAUGGCAUUGAUGAGGUGGAGAAACUUCUAAAGAGACCAAGGAGCAAUGCCAAGGAGCGCUUAGGGGAGGUGCUUUUGGAGUUUGUCACGAGUUGCAAGCAGUACAACUCCAACUCAGAUAGGAAGACACCAGCGAAGCGCAACAACCUGGACAAAUUCCGCAAGGAGUUUAUCAAGAAGAACAUUAUUGUCCUAGCCAAGCAGUCUCUGCGAGUGAAGCGGAAGGUGACCAGACGUACAGUGAAGGAAAGACUGACAGACACCAAGAGGAUCCUAAAGAGGCUACAACUCCUGACGAAAGAACCUCAGAGCACCCUGCCAGAUGUGUUUGUGUGGAUGAUGAGUGUAGGGAAACGGGUGGCCUUUGCCAGGAUCCCCUCCCACUCCAUCCUCUUCUCUUUGGUGGAGGAGGAAAGGGGGAAAGACUGUGGGAAACUCACCACCAUAUACUUGAAGGCUCCAGGUUGCCCAGUGGGGGAGAUCUUUGCUAAGCUGGAGGUGUAUCUAUGGCUUGGUAUCACCAAAUACUCCAAGAACUGUGUUACCAGCCUGCCAGCUGAGUUCAAGCCUGUGUACGAGGAGGCUAUGGGCAUCAUCCCUGUCCCUAUGAACAUGGCCCCCAUCAAACUCUCCUGCGAAGACAGCCGCUAUUUCCAGUUGCGUGCCCAUAUCUACCAGGCUCGUGGCAUCGUGGCAGCAGAUGACAAUGGACUGUCUGACCCCUUCACCAAGGUGGUGUUCUCCACACAAUGCCAGGUCUCACGGGUGAUGGAGGAGACUCUCUCCCCGACCUGGUGUGAGCUGCUCCUGUUUGACCAGAUCCUCAUGGAGGGUAGUAAGGACGAAUUAAGAGACGACCCCCCAGUAAUCAUCAUUAAUGUCUAUGAUUACGACACAAUGGGGAGUCCUGAGCCCCUCGGCCGAGCGUUCGCUGAGCCGGAGCUGAAGUUUGUUGAGGAGCCAUAUAAGAAGCCUGUUCUGAAGUUCUUUGACAUCAGCCGAGGCAAAUCCUCAGCGGGGGAGCUCCUGGCGGCCUUUGAGCUGAUAGAGCUGGACUACUCAAGAUUUGGAGAGCCAUCACUACCUGCUGAUGUGGACCCCAGGGAGCCUGAGUAUCUAAAGGAAGAGAAGUAUUACAUCAUCCCAGAUGGGGUUAGGCCUGUGCUGAAGAAAUUUCGUAUAGAAGUGCUGUACUGGGGUGUGCGAGACCUGAAGAGGGUCAACCUGUUUGAAGUGGAGAGGCCUCAAGUGAGAAUGGAGUGUGCGGGACAAAGGAUCGAGUCAGAGGAAAUCGAGGGCUACCAAGUCCUUCCCAACUUCAAAGAGGUUGUCAAACACUUUGAUGUGGACCUUCCAGAGCUGACGUACCUUCACCCUCCUCUCACCAUCUUUGUGAUGGAGCAGCGGGCGUUUGGCAGGCUGGUACUGGUGGGCACACACGUGGUCCAAAGUCUGAUGCAAUUUGCACCAAAAAACCUGGAGGAAUGGAGAGACGAUGAGGAGGAGCCUGAACGUUGGGAAAAUAACCCCCCCAUGAGGACAUCCCUUCUCAAUACAGUGAAGCAAAUGGACCUGAGAGGUCUUCCGAUCAAAACCUCCAAGAUUCCCAUCAACCCCCUAAACUUCACUUCUCCACUGAACAAACUAAAGAAGAACAAAGUGGAGGAGCUUGAAGAGGAGACCCCAGAGAAAGACGAGCUGGAUUGGUGGUCCAAGUACUAUGCGUCACUGGAAGAGCUUAGAAACCAGACUGAGAACGAGGAGGACAUGGAUGAACAACAGGAAACAGAUGGUGGCACAUUAGAGGCAGAGGAGGAGGAUGCUGUGAUAGUGGAGAUAGAGCCACCGCCCAAACCGAAACGGAAAAAGAUAGCAACUCUCCAGCUCUAUAAAUCAGAAUUGGAGAAUGAGUUUAGCGAAUUCAUGGAUUGGCUGCACACAUUCCCCAUCUACAAAGGCAAAGCCAAUGAGGAAGAGGAUGACGAUGAAGAGGAGAGAAGCAUGGGGAAAUACAAGGGUUCCUUUUUGAUUUAUCCCAUCUCACCUGAGGACGAACAUGCAGAGCGCCAGAUUACCAAAGGAAUUCCCCAAAAUACACCCAUUAAAGUACUAGUGCGGGUGUAUGUUGUGAAGGCCACCAACCUGGCCCCUACUGACCCUAAUGGAAAGGCAGAUCCCUAUGUGGUGGUGAAAGUUGGUGGACAGAGCAUGGACAGCAAGGACAGCUAUAUUCCCAAACAGCUCAACCCAGUGUUUGGCGAAGUGUUUGAGCUGACCGUGUCCUUCCCACUGGAGACGGAACUUACUCUGAUGGUGUUUGACCACAACUUGGUGGGCUCUGAUGACCUCAUCGGAGAGACACGAAUCGACCUGGAGAACCGUUUCUACAGCCACCACUACGCAGGCUGUGGCAUCGCCCUCUACUAUGACACAGACGGAUACAAUAAGUGGAGAGAUGCCAAGAAACCAUCUGCCAUUCUGGCAGAGCUCUGCAGGAAAAAUGCGAUUCCCUCUCCGGAAUACCGGGAAUUAGAAAUCAAAGUUCUAAACAAGAUCUUCAAAGUGCCUGAUGAAGCGUUUCCUGAAGAGUUGCUGAAGAAGAACAAGAAGACAGAAGAGGAUCUGCGUGAGCUGGAUGAGCACAAGGCCCUGAGUGUAUUGCACCGGUGGGGGGAGAUGAGAGAGUUUUGUGAGGGAGCCUGUCCCCUUGUACCAGAGCACCUGGAGGUGCGCUCCCUCCUCAACCCUGAGAAACCAGGACUGCCUCAGGGCUACGCUCACAUGUGGAUCGAUAUGUUUCCUAUGGACGUACCAGCACCUCCACCUAUCGAUAUCAAACCCCGGCUGCCUAUAAGCUAUGAGUUGCGCGUGAUCAUAUGGAAUACUGAUGACGUCGUCCUGGAUGAUGUCAACCCCUUCACUGGAAAUCCUUCCAGUGAUAUAUACAUGAAAGGCUGGAUUAAAGGCUUAGAUGGGAACAAACAGGAGACUGAUGUCCACUUCAACUCCUUGACUGGGGAGGGGAACUUCAACUGGCGUUUUGUCUUCCGGUUUGACUACCUCCCCACAGAGAAAGAGAUCACCUAUACAAAAAAGGAGUCUAUCUUCUCUCUGGAGGAAUCUGAGUUCCGCCAGCCUGCCGUUCUUGUGCUUCAGGUCUGGGACUAUGACCUCAUCGCCUCAAAUGACUUCCUGGGCUCCAUUGAGCUGCGUCUGAACGACAUGGUGCGGGCAGCCAAGACCUCAGGGCAGUGCAGCAUAAAGAUGGCCGAGGACAAGGCCAGUCCCCGCUUCUCUAUCUUCCUUAACAAAAGGAUGAAAGGAUGGUGGCCCCUCAUCAAGCUCAAGAGUCAGGAGGACAUUGAGAGGGAGGAGAAGGAGGCUGAAGAGGCAAAGAAGAACAAGAAGAAAAAGAAAAAUAGAAAGAUGAAGCCGGAGGACCUUCAGUUUGUAGACAGCAGUGGGAGCACUUAUCUCCUUAUGGGAAAAGUGGAGGCAGAGUUCCAGUUGGUGACACUCGAGGAGGCAGAGCUGGCUCCUGUGGGAAAAGCCCGCAAGGAACCUGAGCCACUUGAAAAACCAGAUCGCCCCAAGACAACCUUCAACUGGUUUAUCAACCCCCUGAAGACCUUCGUCUUCUUCAUUUGGAAAAAAUACAAGAAGUACAUCAUCGCUCUACUCAUCCUGGCAGUCCUGCUGGUUUUUCUCAUCCUCAUCCUCUACACACUCCCUGGACAGAUCAGUACGCUCAUCGUAAAUGGAUGAACAGUCAACAAGUGCAUAAGGAUCAGACGGAGAAUGAAACAUCUAUAUGAGAAAUAUACUUCGUUAUCAUAAGUUCCAUUUAAUUUGUGUUAGGACAUUGUGUGUGGUAGAUUUGCUAUUGUGAUAUACUCUAUGUAAGUGCUAAUGUCCUUUGUAUAAGUCUUGUAAUUUUCAAAUACUUGGUUAUUAUUAGACCAAUCUUAAACAUAUAUUGAACAAUCAAAGCUACUGAUGAGGUAUUCUUUGCACUGACUUGGCUCAGAACAGGGUAGGGCGGCUGGCCCUUAAAAGUACACGGAGAGCUAACAUUAAUGACAUACAUGUCAAUCUCUCAUGGCUCAAAGUGGAAGAGAGAUUGACUUCAUCAUUACUUGUUUUUGUAAGAGGUUGUUGACAAGCUGAAUGUACCGAACUGUACCAAGCUGUCUGUUUAAAAUACAGCUCGGACACUCAUGCAUACCUCACAAGACAUGCCACCAGAGGUCUCUUCACAGUCCCCAAGUCCAGAACAGACUAUGGGAGGCGCACAGUACUAGAUAGAGCCAUGACAACAUGGAGCUCUAUUCCACAUCAGAUAACUGAUGCAAGCAGUAGAGUCAGAUUUAAAAAGAAGUUAAAAAUACACCUUAUAGAACAACGGGGACUGUGAAGAGACACACACAAAGGUAUAGACACAUGCAUAGGCACACAUAUGUAUGGUGGUAUUGAACAUUUUGUGUUAUGGAUAUGUGGUGGUGUAGGGAUGUUAUAUGAUGUACUGUUUUAUCUUUAGCUCAUUCAGUACAAACAUAGUUCACUGCUUUAUCUUUUGUUUUAUAUGUAAUGUGGGUGCUUUGGUGUGUUUGGACCCCAGGAAGAGUAGCUGCUGCCCUGACAGGAACUAAUGGGGAUCCAUAAUAAAUACAAAAAUACAAAUACUAUUCAGGAAUGUUUGUGUUCAUCAACCACAUUAUUUACAAUAUGUACUUUUUCAAUACAUUUCUGUCAGUGAAAUAA